UUGGUUCCAUGAUAUAUUCCAUUUUUCCACAACUUCAAGGCGUUCUCUUUUCCUUAUGGUUGUGGCACUGCCUCAUCUACGCACGAUGGCGCCACGCCAAUUUCCAUAGCUCGCAGCCUUAGUCAAGCAAGCGACUCAUACGUUCGCCCCCGCUGUGAGAGGCGCGAAUCAGCUGCUCGUGUGGCCUAUGGUUCAGCAGCAAGCGUGGCGAAACGCGGCGUGGUUGACAGCCAUCGUAUGCAUCGCGUUCGCCUCUCUUCGCGUCAGUCCUUUGACGUAGAUGCAGUGGAAUGCGACAGAGGUGGCUCUCCAGCUUCCUCAGAAGUCCAGCAGGCUAGUGAGCCCCUUUUACGGGCAAGCGAUUCAGGUACUUUCUAG